UCAAUUUCCAUUCGAUUAUGGGAUUUUCUCUGGUUUUUAAGUUCCUCGUAUUUGCAGCUUUCAUGGGGAUUAAUGAUUUUCCCCAUGUAAACUGCAGGAUCCUCCAUUUCAAUUUUCCGGACUUCCCUAAUCCUAGCGUCAAUGAGCUCACAGCGAUCAAUUCAGGUGUGUUAAAAAACGCCCUACAAGUAACAUUUGAUCUAAGCGGAAAUCGUAUGGAAAAUUUAUUCGGACGAUCCUUCUACAAAGAUUCGUUUACUUUGUGGAGAAGAGAUAGCAAAAAUAUCACCACUGCUGCAACUUUCAACACUACUUUCACAAUCAACAUCCUUAACCAGUCGAAUCCUGGUGGCGAGGGGAUGGCGUUUAUAAUCACGGGCAAGCCUGAUCUUCCCCCGAACAGUGACGGGCAAUGGCUUGGCAUUGUGAAUUCGAGUACGAAUGGAUCCCCCGAAGCGCAAAUUGUUGCGGUUGAGUUUGACACUAGGAAGAGCUUUCCCCAGGAUGUUAAUGAUAAUCAUAUUGGCUUGAAUGUCAACAGUGUUUUCUCCCUCAAUCAAGUUCCUUUGAGCGUCGAGCUUUCUUCGGGUAAAAAUAUAACUGUGCGUGUUGAGUAUGAUGGCAUAAACUUGACUGCUUUUGUGGGAUAUGAGUUCAUGGAGUUGAAUCAAGUGCUUUCUCAGGCUAUUGAUUUCUCUCAGUACCUCCCGGAGAAGGUUUUUUUCGGGUUCUCGGCGUCAACGAGCAAUUUUAGCGAGUCGAAUUGUGUUUUAUCUUGGGAAUUUCAUGCUACUGAUAUUAAUAAAAAGAGAAAUCUACGUUGGGUUUGGAUCGUUGUUGUGAUUGCUGUGGCUUUCAUUUUGUUAACUGGCGUUGGAUUUUUCUUGCAUAGAAGGAGGAGAUAUCAACACGAGCUUGAGGAUUUACAACGCAUGGAGAGCCAUAUGAAUGAAUUCUCCAUAGCACCGAGGAAAUUCAAACUGAGGGAAUUGAAGAAAGCAACAGGGAGAUUCAGCCCCAAGAACAAGCUGGGAAAAGGAGGAUUCGGAACAGUUUAUAAGGGAACUUGGAGGAGUCGAGAAAUAGCUGUGAAACGAGUCUCGGAGACGUCGCGACAGGGAAAGCAAGAAUUCAUUGCGGAAGUCACAACAAUCGGCAGCCUGAGGCACAAAAACCUUGUCAAACUUAUCGGUUGGUGCUACGAGAGGCACGACCUCCUCCUCGUCUACGAGUACAUGCCAAAUGGAAGCUUAGACAAGUUCAUAUUUGUCGACGAGAAGACAGGAAUGGGAGAAUCGAGUCUGAAUUGGGAAACAAGAUUGAGCAUAAUCCAUGGAACGGCUCAGGCCCUGGAUUAUCUCCACAAUGGUUGUGACAAAAGGGUGCUUCACAGAGAUAUCAAGGCGAGCAACAUAAUGUUAGACUCAGAAUUCAAAGCGAGGUUGGGAGAUUUCGGGCUGGCGCGGACGAUCCAGGAUCAGAAAACUCAUCACUCCACGAAUGAGAUCGCUGGAACUCCCGGAUACAUGGCGCCGGAGAUUUUCCUGACGGGGAGAGCCACAGUGGAAACAGAUGUUUAUGCAUUUGGGGUGCUGAUCCUGGAAGUUGUUUGUGGAAGGAAGCCUGGAAAUCAAGGUGAGCAAAACAGUUACAAUAGCAGCAUUGUGCAUUGGCUUUGGGAGCUUAACAGGAAGGGGAGGAUUCUUGAUGCUGCAGAUUUGAGAUUGGAGGGGAAGUAUUCGGAGGAAGAAAUGAAGUGUAUUUUGACUCUGGGAUUGGCAUGUUGCCACCCGAAUCCUCAUCAAAGGCCAUCGAUGAAAUUGGUUUUGCAGGUUCUUUCAGGGGAGGCCGCUGCCCUAGAAUUGCCGACUGAGACGCCUUCAUUUGUGUGGCCUGUCACGCAACCAUCUUUCAGUGAAUUGGAUAAAACUCUUGCAGGAAGCCAACUUUCUCCAUUUUCAGAGCUCACUGGGAGGUAGAAGAUUGGAAGAGAAGAGAAGAUUAAUUAAUAGCAUCCACAGUUACAAGAUAAUUAAUUUUGUGAAAUAUUGUAUUGUCAUGUUGCAGAUUGUAGAUUCUUCUACAAGUUGCAGAAAAUUUCUCGUUCUUUUUUCUGUAAAUAAAUUGCCUGUUCAUGGUCAAGGUCACUCCUCUUGCUUCAUAACACAAGCAAAGCGUAUGUAUAUUUUGUAUGUUUGUAAACUUAGCUUAAAGUGUCAAAGCCUUGAUGAGUAGCCAUCAUCA